CUCUUCUCCCGCGGCCGCCGGAGCCAUACCUGAAGGUGGCUACGGGAGUCCUGAGCCCCAGGUUAAGUGAUGCGAGCCAUGCUAAGGGACCAGGAAGGGGCGUGGCUUCCGCCUCAUAGAGGGUCCCGCCCCUGUGACGUCACUUCCGUAAACAAAGGGCGCUGUGCAGGCGCGGGUCCCAGGCUGGUGACCCGGCUUGGCGAUCCCGGACACUUAAACUGCAGCUGUAGCAGAGGCUUUGGACGCUCUCUGACCCUUUCCAGUUAAGGAAGGGGAUCGCAGCCUCUUCCUCCGGUCAUACGAAGCUGGUGUUGAUGUGUCGAAGAACUUAAAACAAUGGAAGAGCGGAAAGUGAAGAGGAAGAGCCCCAAGUCUUUCAGUGCCCACUCUACUCAGGUUGUUAAUGCCAAAAAAAAUGCCAUCCCAGCUAGUAAAAGCACAGGCUUUUCAAAUCCCACAGCACAGGCAACUUCCCAGCGGCCAAAGUUAAAGAGAGUGAUAAAAGAAAAGAACAGACCUCAAGCAGGAGAAGGGAAGGGAGCCCAGUCCACUCCCAUCCAGCACUCCUUUCUCACGGAUGUCUCCGAUGUCCAGGAGAUGGAGCGUGGCCUCCUCAGUCUGCUGAAUGAUUUCCACUCUGGAAAGCUGCAGGCGUUCGGAAAUGAAUGUUCCAUAGAACAGAUGGAACAUGUCCGGGGAAUGCAGGAGAAAUUAGCUCGAUUGAACUUGGAGCUGUACGGGGAGUUAGAGGAGCUUCCUGAGGAUAAGCGGAAAGCGGCCAGCGACGCCAACCUGGACAGACUUCUGUCUGACUUAGAAGAAUUGAAUUCUUCUAUACAGAAGCUGCAUUUGGCAGACGCGCAGGAUGUUCCCAAUCCAUCCACCAGCUAACAGCCUGCUCUGGGGGAUUCGCAGAGAAGCGGCAGCCUUUGCUUUUCCAGCCGAGUCCAGGAGCAGAAUCAUCUUCCACAACGUUCAAGUGCUGAAAGCGCAUGUGCAGUGAUUGUGUUCACAUGCCCGCUGCGCCCCGCUUCUAGUCCACGUGCUUGCUGUAAUUCACCGCUGGGGAGGGCGUGGCCUGGCUGCAGGUCCAUCAGGAAGUGGGAUGCAGAGUUGUGCUGCUGAGUGUUCUUCUGAUGCCUUAAGGUUAUACUUGAAAUGCUUUGUGCUAAACAUUCGGGAGGGCUGAAGGAUGUGUCCUGCGAUCACCACACUGACCCAGUUCUGGUCACACGGUGGUGGUGCCCAGGCCUCCUUGUGGCAGCCCAGCUUCAGUUUACGUCCGACAAUCAGUACACACGCUGAUGUGUUUCCCAAUGGCCAGUGACAAAUGUUUGAUAAGUAUUUGUGAGAUUCGCUAUUUUUAAUAAAGUGAUUGUUUUAAAUGAU